AUGGGACAUGAGGAGCAUGGAGGGACUUGGCACAUGGACGCAGCUCAACUGGAUACGCAAAGGAAGAAGGGAGAAGCCAUCUUGAAGACCAGCUCGACCGUCUACUCGACCAACCGGUCGAGUUCCUCAACUCGACCGGCCAAGCUUCAACUCGAUCGAGCUGAGAAAGGGGAAUGGAAACCCUUUGGGAAUGGACUCGGUCGAGCUAGGCAAACUCGACCGAUUGGUCAAGGAGAUGCUCCAAACCGCCACCAACAGAGACAAGGGAUUGUUCCACCACCAGUGCAGAACCACAACUUUGAGAUCAAGCUGGGAAUGAUCAACCUUGUCCAGAACAAGAUGUUCCAUGGAUUGCCAAGUGAAGACCCCAUUGACCACCUUGAUGAGUUUGAUAGGCUUUGUGAUUUGACAAAGAUCAAUGGUGUCUCUGAAGAUGCCAUCAAGCUGAGACUCUUUCCUAUGUCUCUAGCUGACAAAGCUCACCAAUGGGAGAAGAGCUUGCCCCAUGGCACAAUCACCACUUGGGAUGAAUGCAAGAAGGCCUUUCUUGCUAAAUUUUUCUCCACCGGUCGCACAGCCAAGCUUAGAGGAGAGAUAUCCAGCUUCAUCCAGCGAAACAAUGAGACAUUCGCAGAGGCUUGGGAGAGGUUCAAAGGGUAUAGGGAGAUGCUAGACACAGCUAGCAAUGAACAGUGCAAGGUCAUCUUCACUCAAGAGGGACUUGUUCAAGAAGAGGAUCAAGAAAGGGUCAUUGAAGAUUUUUGUUUACUGCUGAAUGAUGAAGAGAUUGUUGCUGCUGAGGCUCCUGGAGUCCAAAUUGAUCAACCAGAAGUGCAGGCACCUACUGUGGCCAUUCGCACUUCACCAGUUGAGCUCGCACAACAAGCUCGAUUGGCAGCUCGAUCGAGUCCAACUCUAGCUCGAUCGAGUCCGACCUCUUCUGUCCGACAGCCAGUUUUGCUUGAUCCUUACCAACCGGUUGCCGCUUCCUCGUCUCGCCUAAUUAGUCAAGGUCACAAGGAAGUGAUUCACAAAAGUGCAGCACCUACUGUGGCCAUUCACACUUCACCAGUUGAGCUCGCACGACAAGCUCGAUCGGCAGCUCGAUCGAGUCCAACUCUAGCUCGAUCGAGUCCGACCUCUUCUGUCCGACAGCCAGUUUUGCUUGAUCCUUACCAACCGGUUGCCGCUUCCUCGUCUCGCCUACUUAGUCAAGGUCACAAGGAAGUGAUUCACAAGUUCAGAAGAGAUCUCAGUGGGAUUGGAAUUGAGUUGCCUACUAUGGAUAGCAUGAGUGAGGCAUUUGAUCAAAUGCAAAUGGUCAAGGAUGUUCUAGCCAACAGUGAUAAAGUUUCAGAGGUCCUACAAGAGUCUACUCAUCAGUUCAACCUGCUUACUUCACCCACCUUCCUACCAAAGGUCAAGGAUCAAGGGAAAUUCACUCUCCCUUGCACACUUGGGCAUCUUGAGAUUGACAAUGCCUUAGUGGAUUCUGGAGCAAGCAUCAAUCUGAUCUCUCUCUCCAUGGCAGAGAAGCUAGGCAUUGCUGGAGCCUUGCAGCGCCCUACUACUUCAAUCAUGUUUGUUUGGAGAUGCAACUUCUAA